AUGGCAAGUGAGGAGGAGAGUGUUCUUGCCAUAAUGCAUUGCUCCGGGAAAAUUAAAAAAAAGCAAAAGCUAUGUUCGUCAAGCACUUUGUCAGAUCUAAAGAACAGCAUCUUGCAGAAGUUUGGCGUCUUUGGUACGAAGUGGGUGAAGAAGCUAUUCUACAAGAUUCCCAUCGCAGUUGUCUCGACCGGUGUUCAGUAUGAUACCUUUGUGCUAGCGGCUGAUGAAGAUAUUAGGGUUCUGUUCCAUUGUGUUAGGAGUUUUCCAGAGAUCCGAAUUCACGAGUUGUUUGCGAAGUUGGGGGUUGGUGUCGAUAGUUCUGGGGCAUCAGCUCUAUUUCAUAGCUCGACUGCCGCGGGAGGUGCGUCUAGUUCGAUGCCUGCGGUCAGACCGUAUCUUCCGCCGGUGGGUUCCCCUACGUUCGCGGCUGAUUUAGAGCGAACGGUUGUUGUUGGUUCUGUACAGUUGGAGAAUGCAGGAAUCUUUGAGCCGCCUGAUGUCGUGGGCACCGGUGGUUGCCAGUUACCUUAUAUGGAAGGCUUUGGUGAACCUGAUAGAGUAGAGAAUGCAAUGUGUGACGAUGACUCUGACCAGGAGCAUGCUGAUAUCAUCGGGGACAGCGACGACGACACAGGUGCCAAUCCACAUGCGCAGCAUGGACCUUCAAGUUCUGCUUCUCAACAGUACCCUCCACACUUCUCCACACUAAACUUGGAGGUUCUGGGUCAACAGGAGGACGGUGGUAACACGGUCGGGGGCUCUUCUACAGAAUUUCAGAUUGUGCAAUCUUUCCAGAAUAAAGAUGAGGCUGUGCUGAGUGUGAAGGACUAUAGCAUCCGGGCAGAUACUACAGUUACGGUAAAGGUAUUGCAACAAGCUACAGAAGCUGAUUAUGGUUUCAGGCCUAGUUACAGGAAGGUUUGGAUGGUGAAGCAGAAGGCAGUGGCACAAAUAUAUGGAGAUUGGGAAGAGUCGUACGCGGAGUUGCCAUGUUGGAUGCUAGGAGUACAGUCAACAAUGGCCGGAACAAUAACCGUGUUGAAGACCUCUCCUGUUCGGCUUCGUGGUGAGGUUGAUGAGUCGACGGUGUACUUUCACCGAUUAUUCUGGACAUUUUCACUCUGUAUCGAGGCAUUCUGUCAUUGCAAGCCCCUUGUCAGUAUUGACGGUACACACUUGUAUGGUAAGUAUGGAGGGACACUGCUGUUGGCGAUAGCGCAGGAUGGGAACUCCAACAUCCUCCCCAUUGCAUUCGCCCUUGUGGAAGGAGAAAAUGAAGAGUCGUGGUCAUUCUACUUGUCCAACCUACGAAAGCAUGUGAUUCCUCAGGAGGGUAUCCUUGUAAUCUCUGACAGGCAUAACGGGAUCAAGGCAUCGCUUGAGGCACCUGAGACUGGGUGGCUGCCUCCACGUGCUUUCCGAGCGUACUGUAUUCGACAUGUGGCAGCAAAUUUUGCCCUAACUUUUAAAGGUAAAGAUUCAAGGAGGAUGUUAGUGAAUGCUACCUACGCAAAGACUGAAGCAGAGUUUUAUUACUGGUUUGACAUCAUGCGGACUGAGAAUCCAGCAAUGUGUGAAUGGGCCAAUCGGAUGGAGUACGACAAAUGGACCCAACAUGAGGAUAGUGGGAACUCGAAACCUCCCGGUCAUUCGUUGGUUCAGUCAACUUACGGGAGGCUUGCUCAGCUUUUUGUGGUACGGGGACAAACAGCAGAGGCACAACUCGGAUCUGGUAAUGAAUUUUGCCAAGCAUUGGCCAAGGCAAUUGAUCGGAAUCUAAGAGACUCAAGGUGCUUCACUGUCACGUUAUACGACAGGCAUCAAUCGGAGUACACCGUGGCCGAGACAACACCAAUCGGGCGCUUCUCGAUGGGUAGCUAUAGAGUUUCCCUUAAAGAUCACAAAUGCGACUGUGGCCACUUUCAGGCGCUGCAUUAUCCUUGUUGCCAUGCCAUUGCAUGUUGCGCCUACUCCCGCCUUAAUUGGGCAUCUUAUGUUCACGAGGUGUAUCGUAUGAGUGAAGUUUUCAACGUUUACAAGCAGGGUUUUGUUCCGCCUAUCCCGGAAGGCCUAUGA